AUGACAGGCAAUUCAAGUGAAGAAAUCAUAUUAAAAUCACUACGGGAACCCCGAUUAGACAAAUUUGCUAAGAUUCUGGCUUUCUUAAGUCGGUUAGACAAACUUUCAGGUAAACAAGCAGAUUGUUUCCGCGUGGUGGACGAGAUAUCAAAUGCACUACAUGUGAUAUAUGAAAGCCAAAAAGUGCAUAAAAUUCAAAACCCUGAUAGGUUACUGGACUAUGGAGUUCCAGUGAUAAACCCAGAUGGUUUUCUAGGACUAGGGAUUCAAUAUUGGUCAUUUAAUAAUGAUGAAACAAUUGACAUUUUAGGAGGUAAAUCCUCCAAAUGGCUGGCUUUCUUCGACGUCAAGGAUAAAUCAGAAGUGCAGAAUAAUGAAACUAAUGGAAGUAACACAUUCCCUUUGCUGUAUACCCAAGACUGGGUCAGCAUUGACGGUGACAGAGUGAAAUGGGCUGACCCAGAACCUCUUAAAGACACAAAUGGUAGACUAGUUUUACGACUCGAUCCACCUGUGAUUGUUUCUGAAGCCAUGGCCAUUCAAUUGGGGGCUGAGUUGAACGACAACUCUGAAAAUAGCUCGACUGGAAAUAUCCGCCAUUCCGCCAUCCUAAAUAACAUGAACAGGAGGGUUGGCAGCACAUCGAGAGUAAUAAAUAACAGCGACAACUCGACGACACAGAUAGACAUAUCCUAUGCCAAUUUGCUACCAUACUCACUCAUCCAGCUGGCUGAGAUACCUGUAAAUCACCCUCGAGAUAUUCAGUCCAUAUUGAGUCACCUAAGGUCUUUUCUAAUUUUACGAAAGGUAUGGACUAGUUUGGACGACAAGAUGUCUUUCAAUAUGGUAACAAAAAAUGGCAUAAAAGCAGCAAAAAGUGAGUCUAGUCAACAUCACUAUUCAAAUAACUUGAAUACUCAUCAAGACGGUGAGCAGCUUUCAUUUGCUGAUGCUAUCAUGGAGUAUGAAGGGAUUGAAAAGAAUGCUACAAGUUCGGCAGGUAAUAUGUCCUCUUUUGUGGGAGCGGCCGGUACUAUUUCUGCAAUAGUGAAUUUAACGACUGAAAAGAUAUCUUCGACAGAAACCAAUACCUCUCUAGAUCGUAACAUUGGUAAUAUAUCGUCAGCGCCAAUUAUCACACUCAGUCUUUCGCUUAUUCCUGGAGUUUCGUUCAAAAUUAGUACGGCUGGGACUCAAAAUUCUACUCAUGCACUGAAGCUUGAACUGGAGAAUUUGUCGGAAGAGCCAAUUGCAGAAACAAUUACUGCCAAUCUUGAGAAACUCAGUCAAGUAUUGAACAUUUCAGAGGAUUUGGGGAUUUUUCUCUCAGUUCUCAAAUCCAUUGAAUAA